AUGAGUCAACAACACAGAGAGGAAGUGAGAAAGGCUUUUUUCUCAUCCGAAUCAUCAUCAUUUUCGGUUUUAUCUGGUGGUGAUGAAAACAACAACAACAACAACAGGAAUCACUCACUGGCAUCGGAUAGAGUGAAUGACCAUGAUUUUGGAACCUCCUCAGGAGCAAGAAGAAUUGCUGUAAGUUCCCGAUGGCUGGAUGAGACUGUAUCAUCUUCGGGAAAUUCUUCUCCGGUAGGCUCACCAGUGAUCAAUCAUAUGGUUGUGGUGGAUGAGCUUCAUGAUGUCAAAGUAGAGGUCUUGGAGGCUGGUUUGCAUAGCAGAAACGCAUCGUCUUCGUUUGACUCGAAAAUUGAUGAGCAGUUUGGGAAGAUUGAGAGGAAGAAGCAAAAGAUUACUGUUGUGUCAUGGAGUGCGACCAAUGAUUGGUGUUCUACGGUCUACAAUGAUGAUGAUAAUGAUGAUGAUGACAGUGAUGAAGAUGAGGAUGAGCGAAUGGAUGACCAACGACAUGAAAAGGUCAAUAGACGAAAGAGAUCGACUCUUCAGAAAUUGGGCGAAAUGGCCCCAGAUUUGAUAUUGCUGCAAGAUUUGAAUUAUGAGCAAACCAUAAAAGCAAUGAAAUAUUUGACAAAAGCCGAAGAACACUUGCAUGAUGAUUACGACGAAAAUGAAGACUUGGAGCCUCCUGUGUAUAAAUGGUUUUGCUGUGGUCACAAACACACUUCAGAACCAAUCAAGGUUUCCAAGUCUUAUCAUUCAGAUGAUGAUGAAGAAAUUCCUACCUCCUUUGUAUCUCCACUGGCGACAGGUGGCAACCAUUCUAUCAUUUCUACCCUAUUGAAAAAUGAUGUGAAGAAAAAAAUUGAGACAGAUCAAGACCCCGAUGAUUUGGUCCAUGAGUAUUUACCAAUUAUUUAUAAUUCAGAGACGUUGAAGUGUGUAGACUGUGGCGCAUUUUGGUACAGCAAAACACCGCAAGAGCCAGGCUCCAAGUCAUGGGACAGUAUUGUACCUCGUUUUUGUAAUUGGGGUGCUUUCAUUUUUAAACCCUACGAUGAAGAGGAUGACCACAUUGAUUUGCUUGUAUUUAAUACACAUUGGGAUCAAGGAGUGGAAGCAAGAAGAUAUGCCUCCAUACUAUUGAGACAAGAGGUGCUUAAUCGAAUGUCCCUCUAUAAUUCCAUUACAAAUAGAACGACUUUUAUCCCUACCAUCAUUGGUGGAAAUUUGAAUAGUUUACCAAAAUCAAAUGCUUUAAGCAUUUUGGUUCAAGGUCAAGAUUUGGGUGCUCACAACAGUGACGUUAAUUUAUUGGCAGAUAGUGACGAUGACGAUGAUGAUGAAGAGGAGGGGAAUGAAAAAAUUGAUAAGAAAAGUCUCAUCAUUCCAUGCCAGAGACAAUUGUUGCCUCCACAAGCACAAACAUCCACACAAAAAUCUACCAAAACGGAGCAAGUGACUGACAGCAGCAGUAGUAACGAGGACAAGGAUGUCGUCAAGACGACAGAAGAAGAGAGUGACGACGAAGAGAGUGAUGCUUCCUCAGAAUCGUACUCAGGAACGUGGUAUCAUAACCUUAAUUUACAACCAACAUUUGUUGAUUUUGAAACAAACACAUUCGAAACGGUGGACUACCUUUUCGUUUCUCCAUGUGUGAAAACUGUGAAUUUGCAAGUACUUGAUGCAGAUUUAAGCUAUGGAGAAACACACAAACCAAUCGUAGCCGUAUUGGAAAUGUGA